AUGGAUUCAGGAAAUAGUGACAAAGAAGCUGAUAAUGAUCUAUUGCAUCAGAGCAAUGUCGCGCUUCUGUUUCAGGGCACUCUUGAAUCAGCUCCUCAGUUUAUCAUUCAGCUGUACGCCAUGGUUGUUCAACAGGAAUCCGUGACGAUCGUUCAAAUGGUUUCCCUGCCCGUGUCUUUCCUCAGCUUGGCUUGGGCGUCUACUGUUGGCGAUGAGAUCAUUCACUACAAUGCAGGUGUCACUAAUGCGGGGCGAAAUUUAAUACACAGACUACUUCGCUUUGCAACACAUGUAUUCCUUUUGAGCAGUCGACUGUUUGCCAUUGCUUUGUUCACCGUACGAUACAAGUGGUGGAUUACCAAAGUUUUGAUCCUCCAUUCUAUGGCGAUAGUGGUCUGUGAUAUCAUCUGGUUUUAUCCCCGAACACAGUGUAAUGCGAAAGCACUGGAAGCUGCACGUUUAAUAGCUUCCUAUUUCUGCCUUCAUUGGCUGCGAGAUGACAUAGCAGUUAGAAUACAUGAGGUACCAAGAGAAAAUCGAAAGAAAGAACUGAGAAUUAUACAGUUGUUUUCCAACGUACUGUUUGUGAUAGAAAGCAUCACCAUGAUCCUGUUGUUUUAUUUCAGUCAUUUCCCUCACACCUGGUACUCCUUACCAGUCACCAUCUGCGUCUGUCUGUUUACUGUUCUUGGAGCCAUAAUGAGACCUACUCAUUUUUAUUUUUUAUCGAAAAAGUUAAAUAAUAAUAGCGAUGACUUUUAUUCUUAACUAACUUGCUAAUAAUUACUCUUGUAGCCUAAUCUAAUUCGAGGGAGUACUAAUGUCACAGAGUAGUGCUGUUCCAAAUCUGAGAACAAUGCAAAUGUUCUAAAGCGUUCUGUUUGGGAAAUAUCAUCACGUUCCUGUUUUUUUCUCUUCCGGGUUCGGAGCAAUUCCAGUCACUGUUAACGAAGAAAUAAAAACAUGCUGACGAAGUAGUUAGUCAUUUACCGCAAUCUAGAAGCUGGAAAAUGAAGCGAUAGAUGACAGUGUGAACUUGGAUUGGAACACCUCAAAUUAGUUGUGCAUGAUCUGUGAUCAUAAUGUAUUCCGACUCAGAGCAACCGUAUUAGUUCUUCUUAUAUUGAUUUACCGUGGUUUUUUUUUUUUUUUUUUUCCAGUGGUUUUUUUUUUUUUUUUUUACCGUACUUGUACAUGUUUAUUUGUAGGACUUUUAGUAACAUUGGCGAAUUCAUUAGUCUAAACUAAACUGGACUAGACUCGGACUCGGUACACUGCACGAAAAAUUUGAUUUACAUCAAAUUUACUCAGUGCAAAUUUGGUUCAAAAAAGUGCAAACUUAGGUUAAAUAUAAGGCAAAGAUGGUAAAUACCGCAUUUGCCCUCAAAUUUACAACCCCAUGUAAACUGGCAAGCAAAUGCUGUAUUUACCGUUAUUUAUUUUCAUCUUUGCCUCUGAUUUAUAUAUACUCCUAGUUUGCACUUUUUUGCACCAUAUUUGCACCGAGUAAAUUUGUGUAAAUCUAAUUUUUCGUGCAGUGGUAUAGACUAGUCUUUACUAUAGACAAAACCAAACUAGUAAGCUGAAAAUAAACUUGUAGCUCCCUCUAAGUAUGUACCGAAAAUAACACUCUAAAUCGCUAUUUUAUCGAGUCAUUUUUUCUUGUAUACUUGAUCAUCCGUUCACUUAAAACUGAACGGAAGAUAUGCAGAUGAGAAUACACAAAACAUUUUGCUUAAUGGAUGUUGUCUACUUUUUGAGAAGUAUCUGUAAGAAAAUACAUCUUUUUAUAUCUUGAAAUCGGCCGAGAAACAGGCCAAAGUUUGGAAAAAAAGUCUUCGAGGAGGUAAGCUUACAAAUAUUUUGCAUGAAUAAUAAAACAUUUAUUGAAUUUGGUUUUAUGAUGCACAUCAAUUGGAAGUAAGGCCUUUUCCCUUCUAAUAUGUCUUGAUGGCCGGGGCGAUCCGGUGGGAGGGCGGUGGUGAACCGCUUGAAUUCAGAAAUGAUUACCUUAUACCAUAUUAUUUUCAGUUGAAUUUUAGACCGUAACGCUAAGAAACCUCAAGUUAUCACAGCUGCUAACAAAUUAACAGCAAAUAUGAACUUGUAAUACAGUCCUUAAUGAACUAUUACCAUAUCAACAUUACGUGUCAUGAGCCACAAAAGCGCCCCGGGAUCAAAAUUAUGAUAAUGCUCUGUUUUGCGUGUAAAAAAAGGAAACAGGUCUGAAGUGUUAAACAAAACCAAUUUGACAGAAACAGCUUUGUUUUAAAAGUUUCCUAACAGAUUGACCGAACUUAUCCACGAAAUGUGUUGCCUGCAGACUAAGCUUACUAUUCAACAAAAAUUCCGGUUUCUUGAAAUUUCGAAACCCCAUGUUCCCAAAGGAACGGCACAUUACGACCCAAUCCAAGGUACCGCGCUUUUGGUUAUCGUACUUGUAAGCAGCAUACAAAAGAGCGGUACUUGGUAUAGCAAUUUGGCAAAUGGAAAGGAACCCAGUAGGACCGAUGAAAUUGGACCAUCUUCAGUGGUGUUGCCAAAUAUUCCGAUCGGACUAAACCGAAAUGAUCCGUUCCAUUUGAUUUCUAACCGAAGUUUCCGCAAUUUUGGGCUGAAUGAAUGGAAAGCGCCCAAAAGUAGCUUAUGAUGAUUUAUGAUCACACGUCACGAGAUAAUUUGUUAAGACACUGAUUCUCUUUUGUGAAAAUAAAUGAAGUAUAAAACAUGAACUGCCAUUCACUACGAAUUUCCAUUUUAAUUCAAUAAGUGCAUUUUAUGGGUCACAUAGUUCACAACUUUCCCAACCAUGAUAAACACGAGUCAAUGAGACAGGACGUUCUUUAUUGUUUUGUGCAGUCAGCAGCUAAGUCAGAAAGGUCAAAGAAAUGGCGGAAAACGAACUCAAAUGGUACGAUAUCUUCGUGGUUCUAUUUGGAAGGAUUCUUAGCUUUGCCGACCCCAUUACUGAUACUCUUACACUAGUAGAAUUCUACCGCGCAGAUCACAAGACGUGGUUCGGUGUGGGGCUAAUAUUCAUUAUUUUGCCAUGUUUGUUUUUUCUUUUUGCUAACUGUAACUUUGAAUGUGUGAGCGAUGAUCAAGAAUUAAAACAGGAAGGCUGCGUGUCGAUUGCUUGCAAAGGCACUUGUGUUUUAGUCUGUGGAUGCAAUCCACUCCUUCCGGCCUGGCUGAAACUGCGAACGCUGUAUGUCUACCUAAAGAAGUUACUAAAACGGCUCAGUCAAGGUAAUAACAUCGAUCAAACGGAUAAAGACUUGGAUGAGCUACUGUGGUCAAGAAAAUUGGCUGUUCUGGCUGAGGCCGCUCUUGAAUCAGCUCCUCAGUUUAUUAUUCAGCUGCACGCCAUGGCUGUUCAACAGCAAUCGGUGACGAUCAUUCAAAUGGUUUCCCUGCCUGUGUCUUUCCUCAGCUUGGCUUGGGGGUCUAUCGUUGCUGAUGAGUUUCUUCACAUUGCCGAAGGAGAGCUCGAUUACAGCUUUAAAGAUACAGUUCUACUUUUUGUAACGCACUUAUUUACUUUAAGCAGUCGACUCUUUGCAGUAGCUUUGUUCACCGUAAGCUACACGUGGUGGGUCGCUGGUGUUCUGAUCGUUCACUGUACGGUGAUAACGAUAUGUGACACCGUUUGCCAAUGUAAAGGACAAAGCUUUGGCUGCACAAAGGCAUUUUUAUCGGUUUUCUUUGUCUGCUUCCAUUGGCUACGAGAUGAUUUGUCAUCGAGAAUAGAUGACAAACAUGCAAGAAGAAUGCGGUUGGUCUCCAACGUGCUCUUUGUGAUAGAAAACAUCAUCAUGAUCCUGUUGUUUUAUUUCAGUCAUUUCCCUCACACCUGGUACUCCUUGCCAGUCACCAUCUGCGUCUGUUUAUUUGCUGUUCUUGGAGCCGUUAUGAGACUUACUCACUUCUUCUUCUUAGAGAAGGAAUAA